ACUCUUAUUUAGUUUUGAAAUUAGUCACCAGGUUACAGGCAGCUGUGUCUUGUCAGGAAAUUUAAAACUACACUAUAACUCAGAGCCUGUCUCAGUCACUGAGUUUGUGUUCUAACUGGCAUCACAAACAUGUCUUUGUUUGUUAAGAUGUUCAGUGGAGGAGAAAAGGUCACGAAGAACUGCAAACAAGAGGAGACAGAGAAACUCCCAGAGACAGAGGAGCUGCUAAUGAAGAAGAAAGAGUUUCUGAAGAAAAAGAUUGACCAGGAGCUGCUGUUCGCCAAGAAAAACAGCAGAAAAAACAGAAGAGUGGCUCUGCAGGCCCUGAGAAAAAAGAAGAGGUAUGAGAAACAUGUCAAGUACAUUGACUGUGCUGUCAAGGCCAUGAGGUCGGCUCAUGAACACAUGGAUAUUCUCAACAAGGUGAAUGACCUGAUCAAGGACAUCACAGAGGAGCAUGAAGGGACUCAAGACAUGUCAGACACCCUCUACACAUCUGCGAGCUUUGGAGUGGAGUUUGAUGAGGAUGAGCUGCAAGCAGAGCUGGAGAGGCUGGAGAGGAGUCUGGAUGAGAGCGUCUUUGAGACGGACAGAAUGAACGAGCAGCUCUCUUGUCCCAAAGUGUCGUCCACAGCAUCACCUUCCCAACCUGCCAUGACGGAGGAGGACGAGAUUGAGGAUGCUUUAGACCGUCUGCGGCGCUGGGCUAAUGAACCCUUGUAAACACAUCGUUGGCCACAUCACACUGGUGUUAGAGAGAGAAGAGGAGUGGCCAAGAUGGAAUAAACGUAACAAUAGGGACCUGUUCAUGAA